AUGGAGAGAAAAACAUCUCAAAUCCAACCUCCAACUUACGGGGACUUGAUCACUGUUCUAAGCAUUGAUGGAGGUGGCAUUCGAGGAAUUAUUCCAGCUACCAUCCUCAGUUUUCUUGAAUCCUACCUUCAGGAGUUGGAUGGAAAGGACGCAAGCCUUGCAGAUUACUUUGAUGUGAUUGCUGGAACGAGCACCGGUGGCCUUGUGGCGGCCAUGCUAACGGCUCCCGACGAAAACAAUCGUCCACUUUAUGCUGCAAAAGAUAUUACCCCAUUCUACUUUGAGCACUGUCCAAGGAUUUUUCCACAAAAGAAGUGCGGUUUAUUUGCUCCAAUUGGGAAUAUAGUGCAAACUCUAAUAGGACCAAAAUACGAUGGCAAGUACCUGCAUGACUUUAUCAGGAAAAAAUUGAAAGAUACUCGCCUUAGUAACACUAUCACUAACGUUGUAAUUCCUACUUUUGAUAUCAAGAAGUUGCACCCUACCAUUUUCUCCACUUAUGAGACGAAACGAUCAGCAUGUUAUGAUGCAAAGAUGUCUGAUGUUUGUAUUAGUACUUCAGCAGCUCCUACUUAUUUUCCUGCUCAUUCUUUCAAAGUUGAAGAUAGCAAAGGCAACGUUAGAGAACAUCAUCUCAUUGAUGGUGGUGUUGCUGCAAAUAAUCCGUGUUUGGUUGCAAUAUCGGAAGUAAGCAAAGAAAUUUUAAAGGACAACCUAGAUUUCUUCCCAAUAAACCCCCUGGAUUAUGGGCGUUUCCUUGUAAUAUCAAUAGGAACAGGAGCUGCAAAAUGUGAACAAAAAUAUAAUUCAUCCAUGGCAGCCAAAUGGGGUAUUAUCGAUUGGUUAUUUCACAAAGGUUCCACACCACUGGUCGAAGUAUUCACUCAAUCAAGUGCUGAUAUGGUUGAUUACCAUAAUUCUGUUGUUUUUCAAGCUUUUCAUAGUGAAAAUAGUUACCUUCGAAUUCAAGAGGAUGAAUUGAGUGGGACAGAAGCUUCAGUGGAUGUGGCUACAAAGGAAAAUUUGGAGAGGCUAGUAGAAAUAGGGGAAAAUUUAUUGAAGAAGCCACUUUCAAGGGUUAAUUUGGAAACAGGUUUGACAGAACCAAUUCCUAAAGGAGGCACUAAUGAGGAAGCCCUUAAGAGGCUUGCAACAUUAUUGGUCAACGAAAGAAGACUUCGUUGA